AGGAAGUAGAGACAACACCAGCCUAUCCGGACAUCUGCUUCGCCAUAGAUGAUUUUGAUUCCACUUUUGAUGCAGUGGUCUUGACAGAUACAGAUCAUUGCUACUGUGUGCUCCUUAAUGCACUUGAUGGGGCGCAUUUCCUAGUGAAACAGAUACAAAUGAUAGCUGUUCCAGUACAAAUUACCAUUGAGAGUAGAUGCUAAUUCUAUGAUGAUGAAAAAUUGUAAGCUUACACUUUUUCUGGAUUUGUCAGCUAUCAAAUGGUUCGGGAUGCGUAUGAUGUUUGUAACGAAUGCAUCUUUUACUGCAGUUUGUGAGGUUUGGCACCCUAUUGGUGCUUUCUGGUGCAAGAUUUCUUCAUUUAUCAAAAAUAAUAAUGCUGGGCGUUCUGGAUUUAAAAGUCUUCUGUCAGUCGGUCAUUCCUUUGGUAAAACAGACAGACUUUACAUGAAAGGUCCUGGAGGAUGUGGACAAGUUGAAGUCACUGUUUCAGGUGUUGCAGACCAAAUCAAGCAAUAUUCUUGCCCCCCUUCAUUGAUUACGCCAAACAGAGGUCCCAGACUUGGUUCAUUGUUCCGUAAAGCAGCUUCUUCCGUCUCUGUGGCAGCAAAGCAUGCUUAUGUGGCUGCUACUUCAACUUCUGAUGAAAAGAUGAUACCUCUCAAAUGCUGCUUAAUGUCUAUAACGUUGCCCUGGGAACACAUUGCUCAUGAUCUUUUGUUCAAGAGAAGUCCUCCCGUGAACUUGUGAAUAUCUUGUUGAAAAAUCUGCAAGACAUAUGAGUGGAUGCAACCUUCAGAAGGGGAAGGAGGGGGGAAGCAUUCGAGAAGUAGACAUGCAAAAUAUGUCCGAAAUUUUCCACUUUCGGGAGCAUGAAAGGAGAUUGUCAUGUAUUGG